GAAGCGAAAUGAAUUUUGUAUUUUUGUUUGCUUUUGGCUUGUUUGCAGUCGCUCAGAGCCAGCAGACGCCCAGUGCUAGCGAGCUGAAAACAUUAUAUCCAUGCUGGAAGUAUGGAAUUUGUGAAGAUGACACAGCAAGAAAAGAAUUGAACGACUGUAUUCAUAUACUGAAACCAAAGGAACUCACAGCCUACUCCGAUUAUACUGCGAAAAAUUUCUAUAAAUUCAACAAUUCACAAUUUUCUAAUAUAGAAAAGGAAUAUUGCAGUUAUGAUGAUAAUAAAAAGCAAUAUGUCUUUGAUAAAUUAAUGGACGCCGACAAAGGUUUUGAGAAAAAAGUUUGUGAUGAUGAAGACAAGAAAGGCACUUGUUCCAGGAUGAAAGCAGCGAUAAACUGUGUCUACAAUACCGAGCAAAAAUUUCGUUCAGAAGAUAAAUGCUACAAAGUUUGAUGAUUCAGCAGAUAUUCAGUUUAUUAUGCACCUUGUUUAAAGGAAUCUGAGAAUUGUUUUUUAGAAUCAAGAAAAAAAAGAAUGUUAAUAAUAAAAAAUUAUAUACAUAUAUAAGAAUCAGAAUUUUUGUGAUAUUCAAAAUUCAAAAUGAAUAAAAUGAUUCAUAUUUUUUCUUUACAGAAAAUAAUAUAAUAUGAUUG